AAAACAAAAAAACUUAAAGAGAUUUCUUUGGAGAAUUCAGAUGAAUGCGAGAACACUGCAUUCUUGUAUACGUGAAUGUACGAUAAUAUCCCGUUUGUUGGAGCAGGGCCCAAAGCCAUAUCUGUCCGCACUUCUCUCCUCCUACUUCUGGGUUCUGGCAGUGGCGGAGAGCUCGGAGAUUUCAAUACCAAUAUGUUUACUGCUCUGAAAUUGCAUAUCUCUUAUCCCCAUUGCACUUCCUACUCUUCCUUUCUCCAAUCUGUCUCCCGUCGCCGCCUCUACGAUCUUCGCCUUCCAAUUCGACGCCACUCAUCCCUUCCCGUUCUCUCUCACUAUGGUUCUACCCCGCCACCACCGGAAUCAGAACCCUCAAUUUCAUCAGAAUACAUUGCUUCCGUCGGAACUUCACCGCUUUCUCAUUCUACGCUUCAGCUCUCUCAGUGGAAUUUUACCCAACGCCACAUCCUCAUGCUCCAAGUCAUUGCUUGCGCGGUGGCAGUCUCAGCAACUUGGCUUUUUUUCUCUGCAAUUCCAACACUUUUUGCUUUCAAGAGAGCAGCAGAAUCCCUUGAGAAGCUGAUGGAUGCCACAAGGGAAGAGCUUCCUGAUACAAUGGCUGCCAUUCGUUUAUCUGGCAUGGAGAUCAGUGACCUAACAAUGGAGCUAAGUGAUCUUGGGCAAGAGAUAACUCAAGGCGUUAGAAGCUCCACUAAAGCUGUUCGCUUAGCUGAAGAGAGACUUCGCCGUUUGACGAACAUGGCGCCACCAGCUUCAUUGCAGAGGGUCGCCAGUCCGAAAACUGACACAGGACCAGCCUUGGCUAGGACUGCAAGGGGCAUCAAAGAAGGCAUUGUAAAAGGUCGAGCAAUCUGGCAAAUGUUUUUCACCCUCACUCAGUUUUCUAGGAUAGCCUUCAACUAUUUUGCAAAACGAGCUAAGCAAAAGAGCCGAAGCCCACGGGCAUGACCCUUAUUGGUGAGAAUUUCAAAUAUGCUCUCUGUACAUAUCCUUUCUGCAUCUACAAUUUGAUAUUUCAGUAGGGUUGCUGUUGAAUUUUACUAUUUUGGCGUGUAAGGCAAUGAGACACUAUGAACCUGCAAGAUGAAGGAGAAAUUGAUAAAUUAGGCUUCUUUAUUUCCUCUUAUGUUGUGUUUGCAUGUGAUUGACAUUAUCUUUGUCCUAGAUGUACCCACAGAACUCGGGUCGUUUUUGAGAAUUUUUCCUUCGGGUGUUUUGUGAAAUAACAUUCAGUUUAAUGAAAGCUAUUUGUACUUUAA